GCAAGCCGGGGGAGGUCGCCCCUCUCUCGGCCGCACACCAGCAGCAUCACCCGCCGAACCCGCGGAAGAGAGGAGAGAUGUAAGAUGGCAGAGCUACAAAUGCUGUUAGAGGAGGAAAUCCCCGCCGGCAAGCGAGCUCUGGUGGAGAGCUACCAAAACCUUUCCCGCGUGGCAGAAUACUGCGAGAACAACUACGUUCAGGCUCAAGACAAAAGGAAAGCCCUGGAGGAGACCAAGUCCUACACCACUCAGUCUCUGGCCAGCGUGGCUUACCAAAUCAAUGCCUUGGCGAACAAUGUGCUCCAGCUGCUGGACAUCCAGGCCUCGCAACUACGUCGCAUGGAGUCCUCCAUCAACCACAUCUCCCAGACGGUGGACAUUCACAAGGAGAAGGUGGCCCGUCGCGAGAUCGGCAUCCUGACCACCAACAAGAACACCUCUCGCACCCACAAGAUCAUCGCCCCGGGCAACAUGGAGCGGCCAGUGCGCUACAUUCGAAAGCCCAUCGACUACACCCUGCUGGACGACGUGGGGCACGGAGUCAAAUGGCUUAAAGCCAAGCAAAACGGGAACAAUGCUGCGGGACGGGGAAACCCAGCGACAGGGACAGGGACAGGGACAGGGACAGGGACACUGUCUCGGACCAACCCCCCAACACAGAAACCACCGAGUCCUCCAAUGGGGGGUCGCGGUACCUUAGGGCGGAACACCCCCUACAAGACCCUGGAGCCUGUGAAGCCUCCAGUGGUGCCCAACGACUACAUGACCAGCCCCGCCCGGCUGGGCAGCCAGCAGAGUCCUGCACGCACAGCCUCGCUAAAUCAGAGGCCCAGGACACACAGCGGCAGCAGUGGUGGAAGUGGCGGCAGGGAAAACAGCGGGAGCAGCGGAGUGGGUGUCCCCUUGGCGGUCCCUACACCGUCCCCUCCCAGUAUGGGCCAAGUGGUGACGUCCUCCGCUUCAGUGCCCCAAGGUCCGGGGCUCGGCCCGAUCCCCAUGUCCCAGUUUGGCACCAUCUCCCGACAGAUCUCGCGCCACAACUCUUCCACCACCUCCUCGGCCUCCAUGGUGUCGGCCACAGGGACGUACCGCCGUGCUCCCUCUCUAUCUUCCCAGCAGCCCCAAAUCAACGGGAGUCCGGCCUUCCCACAAAACUCAGUGUCCGUGGCCCCUCCGCCGCCUCCGAUGGUCCAGCUGACUCCGCAGAUACCUUUGACCGGCUUUGUGGCCAGAAUGCAAGAGAGCAUUACAGACAGCCCGGCUCCGCCUCCUCCGCCACCGCCGGAAGACAUGGGCGUGUUCGAGGAGCCCUCGCCCCCGCCGCCGCCCCCGCCCGUCGACUAUGAAGAGGAGGAUGCCGCGGUGGUCCAUUACAGCGACCCCUACGCUGACGGAGAUCCGCACUGGGCCCCGAAGGUCUACUUGGAAAAAGUGGUGGCCAUCUACGACUACAGCAAGGACAAGGAGGACGAGCUCUCCUUCAUGGAAGGAGCCAUCAUUUAUAUCAUCAAGAAAAACGAUGACGGCUGGUUUGAAGGCGUCUGCAACGGCGUCACCGGACUCUUCCCGGGAAACUACGUGGAGUCCAUCAUGCACUACGCCGAUUGAGAAAGCGACAAACGAUCGCUGAGGUACACAAAAGAGCCGUCGGAGCUUUGGAAGUGAGAGGUUUGUUGGUUUACUCUGUGUACAAAAAAAAGGGAGGCAUCACAAGCAUUUCAUCCCUGCUGCCACAAGACGGCAGCGCUUUUUAAAACUUGGAACACUUGAAAAAAACGAGAGAGGGCGAAUAUUUGAACAAUGUUUGGAUUUGAGCCGUUGGAAGCAUCUCAUCUUUACUUGCACUGUGCAAAACAACAGACUGACCCCUUUUUCCAAAGCUGCUGGGAAAAAAAAAAAAAUAUCCGUUCUACUUUUAACCGAAGUGGGCAAAAAGAAAAAAAAAAACGUGAAGUGCAUUAUUAUCAUCACGUGACUGAACUGAAUGUCAGACCGGAGAGAAGGACGCAUCCUCACCUGGUGAUUGUAACACAUGUUCUUAUUGUAGGCGGGGGGGUGCACGUUCGAUGCCGUGGGCUCGGUUCGGGUGUUUUGGAUGGAAACACAACAGGUGGUCCUCGGGUUAUGGAACUCCAGUUUUGGUCCCGCAUUCAGGUGCUGAACUUAAAAAGACUAAUUCAAUCAAAUGUAGUCAUUAUAGGAAAUAACUAUUUUAGAAUUUCUUUCCGGAAGUUUCACCUUCAACCUUAAAGGUUAUGCACGUGAGCACAAGCCCGAAACGGCGUAAAGUAGCCAUUAUUCACCGUAAACACUCCACUUUCACUUCCUUCCCCCUUUUUAUUUUUCAAUGUUGGUUGUCUCCUACUCUUCUGCUCACCUGUCCCUGAUUGCCAAUCUAAAGGGCUCAUCUGCCAGCGUGGCCUGGUCCAUGGUCUGAUGUCUGUGUUGUGCCUUUUUGGGGGUUUUUUUACUCAACCUGGCUGUGACUUUUGUCCCAUUUUUGUUCUCCCUUGAUCUACCACUAUAGCCACGCUGUUACGUCCUCAUUUUUGGUAGUUAAUUAGACAACCUUGCACAUCGCCUGCCUUC